UCAGAAAAGCAGAGCUGAGCAGCAGAGGGCUCGGAUCCCUCAGAUGUGCGCACAGCACAGGACAACACACUACAGGGACUGGUAGCUGACAAGCCUGUGGACUGCUGGAGGCUACAGUAUGCAACUGAAUGUUUGUAUUUGGACAACAGUAAAAACAAACCCUAGAUUUGACGUGACUGGGAGGACUGAAGGAUUCUAAGGAGCUGGCUAAACCAAGUUUAAUCUUUUUGCAGAAGAAACUGAAGUGAUUGAGAUUAUACCCACUUACAUUAGAGAAAGGCUCUGUGCUGCUGUCACUGAAUUGUACUAACAUUGUAGAGGACCAAGUUUAAAAGGAUUAUACAAAUGAACCGGAGACACAAAAGAGCCAGCGUGAUGUUCGGCUGGCAUAAAACGUUCACUAGUCUGGCUCCAUGGCGGAAAGGGAAGAAGGAUAUGCCAUUGGAAAGCGAAGUGGUGCUGACCAAGAUGAAGAUCCUAACGAAUAACUUCCAAGCAGAGUUUGUGAGUCCUGAAGAGUCACUCGCCAACGACUCCAUCGCAGAGUCAGACAUACCCUCAGAGAGCCUCGAGGAGCCGCACUCUCCACCAGGGCAAACUCAGAACACAUCUGGCUAUUUGACUCCAUAUUCUGACCUCAGCACUGAGAAUUCCAAAUGUAGCAGGCUGUCCAAGCUGUUCAAAUUUGAAUCGGAGGACUCUGGUGUGGAGCUGCCUAGUGGAGCCAAUUCCCCAUCUACUCCUACAAGCUCAGAGCAGAGCUUCGUAGUCCACAGCAGGGGCUCCUCUUGUGAUUCUGGGGAUCUGAGCACUUCUCCUGCAGUCAUGGACCACAUAUUCCUGCUCAGCAAGUGCCCUGAGAUAGAGGAGAUAGACAAUUCUGUUCAGCAGACAGUGAGGGAGAAGGACAUGGUAGAAUCCAAUGAGCUUCCAAGCUCUGAAAAUACCCCAACUGACUUUACUGAAUGUCAGAAAACAGGUGGUUCUUUUUUUAAUCAUAGUCAUGAGAACAUUGUUGAGGAGACAGACAAGGAUGUGGAAGAGGCUUCUAGACUGGAGGUUCCUACAGAAAUUCACAUUGAUGAUACCAGGCGAGUUAGCAGUGGAUUCAGGGAGGCUUUUGAUGAUAUGACGGAGGGUGAUCUUGAGGAACAGCGGUUACAGAAGUAUUCCACUAGCGACAGUCUGGAUGAAUAUAUGGACGAGUGCUGUAGGUUAAGUGAGGUAAACCAGGGGAAGGUGAAGGUGCUUGGCUCUGGUCUGGGAUACCUGGAGCAUAUCUGCCAGCUCAUUGAGAAGAUCGGCCAGCUCCAGGAGCACAACCUCAAACUCCAAAAACAAAUCUGCAGCCUACAGAAAGAGAGCAGGACGAAGCAAAUGAAGGAGGAGUACUUAUUGCAGUGCUGUUCCUGUGGAGUGGCCAGCUUGGCAUUUCAGGAGCUGAAAAGACAUUCGAUUCACAGGAGUGAGUUCCACAACCCAACGCCGUCCAACGGCACCCUGUCUGACCUGUCAACAAUACCAGAAAUAUCCAGAAGGCCUGACAGGUUGAGGAAGAAAGGUGGUUUCUGCUGUCAAGACACAAGCACCCUCCCCUUUGAAACCUGUUUGCCACUGCAUCCUUCUUUCAGACAAACAGCAGGGACUGACGGACAAGCAGAGCCGGGACAUAAUCCCCUGGCGCCUGUACUGAGGAGGAGUCAAAGGAGCUGGGUGGAGACUGCCCGGUGUGACAGUGAGCAGGCCCUGACCAGCACCCUCCCUCAGACCCAGCCCAUGAGAGGGAGUGAAAAUCACCAUUGGGGAAAAGUCAAGGACUUGGUGAAGAAGACAAAGCUUAGAAACCAGAGCAGACUGGGGCUGUCAUCCAAUGCACUGAAGAGAUCCUGCCCACAGCUCUACAGGCCCGAUCUGGGAUCCGCUGACCUGCCAAGGAGAGACAGGAACUCCAUGAUCACACUGGGGCAUAACGUGAAACACGACUACCUCUGGCCUCACUAAGCCAAACAUGCAGGAGUUCUGGGCACUGAACUGAAAAUGUAAAGAGGCUGGAUAGAGUGUGUCUGGGGUAGGGGCUCGCUUCAUGGGAAUGGAAGAGAGAAGAGGUCUUUUGAAGGACAAUAAAUAUGUACUACAGAGUUACAAAAUAGCAGGCUUUCCGAAUGUGAGAUAAUGAAUCACUGAUCCGUACCGUUUAAUAAGUGGAUCUUACUGAAGAAAAUAAAAAAAGGAAACGAUGGCAACAUUUAAUAUGUGAUUCAAAGGUUUUGUUUUUCAUUCUGUUGUUCAGAAACAAGAUAUGCAACAUAUUCAAAACCAGAAGGGAUACUACUUCUCAUAAUAUUAAAAAUAUUUUUGUUUUAGAAGCUAACAGUAUUUUGGUAAUAUUUUAACUUUAAAACGUCAUCAAAAGGUUACACUAUUGGUAAUAUCUAACUCUUUCAAUGUAAUGGUAUAUAAUAUGUUUAAUUUUUUAUAUACAGUGUUCCUUUAAUUAAAAUUCAGGUUUUUAUUGCAGGACGUUUUUUUUUUUUUUUUACGUUAAACAGUGUGAAUUGGUUUUAUACUGUGCUGCAUGUUUUGUAAUGGAUGAACUUGCAAAAAGUUUCUGGAUAGGGUGUAACCUAAAUGUGAAAGCACUCCUUUUGUAAGAUAAUGUAUAUGCCUACAAAAAUAUAGGAUACUGGAGCUUUAAGAGCAAAAUAUUUUAUAACCCAGCAAUACAAGUGGCAACAAGCUGACUAAUAUCCCUUUGAAAUAAAUAGGUAAACAAAUUCACCUUAAAGAGUUUUUAGUCACAAUAAUGUAAAAUGUCCCUAAUUUCCAUAUUAACCCCUCAAGCAGUACGGUAACUCAAAAAUGAGUGCUGGAGACAGGCAGAUAAAACAGAUAGAACAAAGUUGAUUUUGGAUACAUUUUAAUAGUAUAACGGGAAUACGAAAAUAAUACAAGGGCUGAAUUGCUCAUACCUGAUGCAUUGCUUGAGUCUGUGCAAUAAACUUUAAAUUGGUUUCUGCCAGGCUGCUUAGCAACUGUAAAACAACCUAUUUUAGCUCCAGAGUUUCUUCUAGAAAGCCCAAUAUGUUCUAAGAAGCUAACUGAAAAGAAUGGGGCAGUAGUAGUACAAAGCUGUUUAUCUUUUACAAUUGGACGUUGCUAAGAUUAGAUACUUAGCACACAGGUAUUAGCUUCAAAUACUUUAGCCUCAAAUAAUAAUCUAAUAAAACACAUUUGUUUACUACAGCAAAAGUAGCACUACAAAACGCUCUUAAGCCGACAGUCUGAGAUCCCCUCUAUUAUGGCAAAAAAUCAUUUUGUGAACAUUCCCCUCAUACCAUAAAUAAUGAUGCUGAGGAGAUACCAAGUGCUGUGUAUAUCAGAAUUGUGUCAGAAAUAUAUGUAGACAAUACUGAAGUAAUCAUUGUAGAUAUUUUUAUAUGCAAAAUAUUUUACUAAGCAAUGUAUUUCUUGUUCACUUUCAUAUAUUAUUUUAGUGAUAUUUUUCAUGAGUGAAGCUGAAACUCUUUAGUACUACCAAAAUAUUGAAGUGAACAGUGUGCAGUAUUUACCAUAUGUACAGUGCCAUUUAUACCUCUGUGUAUAACACUUAUUUUAUUAAUAUAUGUAUAUUUAAAUGCUUCUAUUUACAACAUUUAUGAAAAACGUUGUAUUGUAUUGCUCAUCUUUGUUUGACUAAAAUACCAAUGUUUUCUAAACAAACCAUGUCCAAAUGUAUGUUUCUUAUAAUUUGUGACAUUUUAAAGACCUUUGUUAAAAUAAAACUAUGGGAACACUGUACUUAGUGUCCUGGG